AUGCCAGCCAAGGCCUUCGUUCAGAUGCCUCUGCACGUGAAGAGCCUUUUUGCCCAGAAUAUCCCGACCGCUACUUUCACAGAUGCUCUGCUUAAUGAAGAGCCCAAAAAGGAUCAUUUAAACCUGAAACUAAUGCUUCGUUCCACCAUGCCCAAAGCAUUCCUGCAGCUGUGGGUUGCCCUGGUACUAUCUGGGCUUGUGCAUGGAGCCACGUUGAGAAAUGAAGAGAAAUGGAAGUCACUCAACAACCCCAGAAACCGAGAUCUGUUUUUCAGAACUCUUCAGGCAUAUUUUAAGGGAAGAGGUCUUGAUCUCGGGAGGUUUCCAAACACUUUCUUCAUGAAUGAGAAUCCUAGACCUCUCUCUUUCCAAUCAGAACUUCUUGCUUCUGCAUUUGCAGAUUAUGAAGAGCAGAAAAACUCCUUUCCUAAUUACCUCAAAGGCUGA